AUGUUGAUUUAUGGAGGGCGUGAAGUGCCGUGCGACUCUAUUGAUUCCGCUUUGAAAGUGUUAUUUGUGUUAAACAGAGCUAAAGGUGAUUUCAUUCCUCUUAAAACUAAAUGCUUGCAGUUCUUGAAUCAGAUACGAUUCGAAAAUAUUUUGGACAUUUUGAAAAGAACUCGAUAUCUCAUUGAACGAGACCGCAAACUUCACGAAACUUCUAGUACGACCUCUUCUUUGAAAAACCAAUCUAAUGGUGUUCAACAGUUCACUCUUUUAGAAAAGGUCAAAGAAUAUUGUUUAGAUUUUCUUGGAACAAGAUCCAAUGAACCAGGUUUUGCCAAGUUUGUAGAAAAUGACAUGAGAAUGAAUCCAUAUUACAAAUUGGCCUUCAAGAGAAGAUUUAUUCGAGGUUGGAAUGUUGAUGAAAAUGCAAAUCAAGCAUUUACACAUCCUUUGCUUGCACUCUGGCAGAGCGAAUGUGGAAGUGACAUUAGAAUUGGUCUCGGAGAUGUAAAAUUGUUGAAUGUUCACAAGACAGUCCUGCUGAAUUGUAAUAACACAUGUUUGAGUAGAAUUGUUUCGGAACAUGAAAAUUCAACAGUUCUGAAAGAGGCUGAAGAGAUGGAAUAUAUCCUUCAAUAUUGCUAUGGAUUUUUGCAAAAGGUCCCUCCUCGGUUAUUUAUUCCACUCAUUAAGAAAGCACAUCAAUGUGGAAUGAAUGAUUUGAUUCCAAUCUUGCAAUCUGAACUUCAUUUAACAGUUGGAAGUUACUUCAAAUGGUCCUAUGAAUUGAGAGAAGUCAUGGAAAAUGCAGAGGUGAGAAGGCAAUUUGCAGAAUUUGGAGUCAAGAAUGGACAAAGCUUAUUCACAGAUGCUCAAAAUUAUGAAAAUAUCGAUCGACUUCGAUCUGAAUUGAAGAACGACUUGAUCAAAAGAGCUACUACUACUCACACUGAAUUGGAGGAAACAACUAUCUCAAACGAUCGGAAGCCAAGACCUUCUUCUAAUCGUCGAGGCAAAUACAUUCUCAUUGAUACAGGUAAAACAGGAGAUCAUCUUAAACUUAUUCAAAAGCUAGAACAAGUCCUCCAAAUCACUCCCAACGAUUUCGUGUUGAUCACUCAUUUUGAUCAUUCUGGUUCUUGUUGGUAUCUCAAAAAGCAUUAUCCUCAUGUACCAAUUGCUGUACCUUAUUUAGAGGCUGAACUAAUUCGAAAGGCCAUCUCUGCACCCUCCAAACCAACAGAUCUGAUGGGAAGAUUCACAAAGAAAGUGCUUGGAGAUCGGUUGGGUUGCAUUCCUUUUGAACCCGAUAUGUUAUUUAAGGGAGGAGAACAAUUGGAUGAAUUCGGAGUGAAAGCACGAGUGGUGCAUAUGAGUGGACACACCUUUGGAGGACUUGUGGUUCUGAUGGACAAUAAGAAGGCUGCCAUUCUGAACGAUUUAAUGGCAGGUUCUCUAUUUGUAUAUGGACGUCCGAGAUUUCACAACUUUAUGCAAGAUCGAGAGGCCAUUGUUGCAAAUAUGAAAACUGUUUAUGAAGAGGGUCAUCAAGUGUUGAUGGUGACUCAUGGCUAUGCGUUCACAAGAGAACGAUUCGAAGAAUGGCUAAUGAAGGAAUUAAAGAGGAACAAGUAA